AUGAACAACGAGCAGCCUCGCCGUACCAGUUUCGGCAUGUUACUCCGACGCAGCAAAAGUGGCGAUCUAGGCAAAGGUGGUCGUAAGGCGCAAGCCCUUAGGGAGGCUGAGCUUGAACGACAGCGCCAGGCCUCGACGCGCAUUGCUCCUAAGCUGCCCGAAUUCGCCAACCAUUCUGAACAAUUAUCGAAAUCCUUUGGCCCCGAGUUGCGCCCCGAGUCACCAGCCAACGUUCCUCGAUCAGCAGAUUACACUGCUAUUCGGCCUUCAGCAGAAUAUCCUCGGGGAUAUGGCGCUGCUGCACAUGCUGCCGUCCCUGUUCCGCCGUUGCCCAACGGUGGUUUUGAUCCAUAUGCCAGAACAGAAAGCAUGACAAACCGUGGCCGCUACAGCUAUGCUAGUAGUGCUAUUAGCACGGUCAACAGUCCUCGUCGUGUUCGCAGACGAAAGGACCCGACGCCUUUGAAUAUUCUCGUCAUUGGUACUCGUAACUCUGGCAAAACAUCCUUUCUUGAGUUUCUCAAAACAGCGCUCGCUCUUCCACCCAAGAAACGAGCCAAGAAGGGUGAUGACGAAGUGCCGCAGAAUCGCAACACCCCCUCUGGAAACUUUAUUCCACACUACCUCGAAACUGAGAUUGACGGGGAGCGCGUUGGUCUCACCAUCUGGGACUCAGAAGGCCUAGAGAAGAAUGUAGUCGACCUUCAACUUAGGGAAAUGUCCGCAUUUCUUGAAAGCAAGUUUGAGGAAACCUUUGCAGAGGAAAUGAAGGUUGUACGCUCCCCUGGUGUGCAAGACACCCACAUUCACGCGACCUUCCUUGUCCUUGAUCCUUCUCGGUUGGAUCGCAACAUUGCAUCCGCGAGGAACCCAGCUAUCAAUGGUCAGCAAAACGGACACCUUGGCGCGCGUGUGCUAGGGAGUCUGGAUGAAGACCUUGAUUUGCAGGUCCUGCGUACGCUCCAGGGCAAGACUACUGUGAUCCCAGUCAUUGCCAAGGCUGACACCAUUACCACCAAGCAUAUGAACGUUCUCAAACGAAGCGUUUGGGACAGCAUCAAGAAAUCGGGCCUAGAUCCCUUGGAGGCACUUGGCCUUGAUGAUGAGGAUGAGAGUAGUGUUACUUCUGAAAGGAUUGCCGAGGAGGAUGAGGAGGAAGAUGAGGCCGGACACGAACGCGGUGGUGCUCAAACUCCUGAAAGCCAGGAAUUCCCACUACAGGGCCAUCGAGAAAGCCCAGCGGCGUCUCCAAGCUCCAAGAGACUGUCCACCAGCUCCAUUCGACGACAUAGAGCACAAGAAGAGGCCAAAGAAAAGGAAGAUGAGAUCCCUUUCCUGCCACUUUCCAUCAUCAGUCCGGAUCUGUACGAGCCAGGUGUCAUUGGCCGACAGUUCCCGUGGGGUUUUGCUGAUCCUUACAAUGAAGAGCACUGUGACUUUCAACGUCUGAAAGAGGCUGUUUUCAGCGAAUGGCGUGCCGAGCUACGUGAAGCUAGUCGAGAACAGUGGUACGAGGGAUGGAGAACGAACCGACUCAAGCAGAGGGAUGUCCCCUAUCGUCAUCGAUGA